UCCUGCAGACCCCGGAAGCCGCGCGGAGGGUCCCGCCUCCCGGCCUCUCGGCCUAUCGAGCGCCACACCCUCUGCCCUCCUUUCGUCCUCUGCCUCUCCGGCGGGCCUCCUCCCUCUUCCUCACACUAAUGUUAUCUCCGGGAUCACCUCCAAAAACGACACCUGCCUUAGCUGUGGGCUGCACGGUCCCAGAAGGAUUCCUGGAAAGUUAUAAAUUAAAUAAUUCAGAGUGCAUGUACGGUUGCUACACAGUUACCUUCUUAGGCAGUAAAGAACAGUUGAAUAGAUUUGCUGGAUUUGGUAUUGGACUUGCAAGUCUUUUUACAGAAAAUGUACUGGCCCAUCCUUGCAUUGUUCUACGCCGCCAAUGUCAGGUUAAUUACCAUGCUCGGCAUUAUCAUCUCACUCCAUUUACAGUCAUCAAUAUUAUGUACAGCUUCAACAAAACUCAGGGUCCAAGAGCCCUUUGGAAAGGAAUGGGAAGUACAUUUAUUGUCCAGGGAGUCACACUCGGAGCAGAAGGAAUAAUCAGUGAAUUCACACCUUUACCAAGGGAGAUUUCACAUAAAUGGAAUCCUAAACAAAUAGGAGAACACCUUCUACUGAAAUCACUAACUUAUAUAGUGGCAAUGCCUUUUUAUUCAGCAAGUCUAAUUGAAACAGUACAGAGUGAGAUAAUUCGAGACAAUGCUGGAAUUCUGGAAUGCAUUAAAGAAGGAAUUGGGAGAGUGAUAGGCAUGGGAGUGCCUCACAGCAAGCGGCUGCUCCCGCUGCUUUCCCUGGUCUUCCCGACGGUGCUGCACGGGGUUCUUCAUUACAUCAUCAGCUCCAUCAUUCAGAAGAUCAUCCUGCUAGUUCUAAAGCGAAAGGCUUACAAUAGCCACCUAGCUGAGAGCACCAGCCCGGUGCAGAGUAUGUUGGAUGCUUAUUUUCCAGAGCUUAUUGCUAACUUUGCUGCCAGUCUUUGCUCUGAUGUGAUACUUUACCCACUGGAAACAGUUUUGCACCGCCUUCACAUUCAAGGAACACGCACAAUAAUUGACAAUACAGACCUUGGCUAUGAAGUGCUUCCAAUUAAUACACAGUAUGAGGGAAUGAGAGACUGUAUCAAUACCAUAAGGCAGGAGGAAGGAAUGCUUGGCUUUUAUAAAGGGUUUGGUGCUGUUGUAAUACAGUACACGCUGCACGCAGCUGUUUUACAGAUUACCAAAAUUAUUUACUCUACACUUCUUCAAAAUAGUGUUUGACAUUUAGACUCCUGGUUAGUCUAAAAGACAUCAUCUGGAUACUUCAUUACGAAAUUAUGAAGGAUAUGAGUGAAAUAGUGGGGGUGGGAAAUGGUUUAGAAAGUAAAACUGGUAGCCCACGCUGAUUAUAUUGACUCCUCACUUUUUAAAAAAGGCAUAGGUAUAUAUUUUGGAUUCCAAGUAUUCCAAAUUUGAAAACAAUAAAAAUAACACUCAUGAAUUAAAUUCUAGCUAGUGUAGCACUCAUGCUGAACUAAAAAUGAUGUUGGGAAGAAGCAAAAAUUUGUCAGCAAACUGAAAACAAAAGUUCACACAGAUGAAUUUAUUUCAUCUGACUUUAAUAUUUAUUACAUGUUUAUUUCGCCUUCUAGAUUGAUACUGGUAUGCCAUUCCUAAUAUAGUGUGUAGUGGCAGGUCAUAGUUUACCUUUAAGCAAAUAAAUUAUGGUAUCAGUGAUAAAGACAAGAAGGGUUAGAUUUGGCAGUCUGUAAGCAGGAACUGAGAGUUUUAAAUUGCAUUGUCCCUGAAUAACUUUAAUGGCUGUACAUUUAUUAUAUAAAGCCACUUGUAUGCAUACAUAUAACUUGGAAUUUCCUUCAUCCCUACAAAUUUUCCACUCUUAGAUCAGGUUACUGCAUAAAAUGAAGUCAUGUACCUUCUGCUUCAAUAUCAGGAUAAAACAUGAAAAGCCAAGGUACCCAAAUGAUUUAAGGCAAACAGCAUAUUUGUCCAUAUCCAAACCCGCCGUUUCAGCGCCAGCAACUUAAAAUUCAUCAUAGGUUUAUUAAGUUUGAUUUGCUUACCUAGUUUUAUGAAUCAUCAGGCUAUUUUUAGAGCCUCUCUUAACAGAGAUAGAAUACAAAAUAAUCAUGGCAACUAUUCCUGUUUCCACAUUUACAAACUGUCUAUUAAAGGGAGUGUCACUUGCCUUUCACUUUUGAAUGACUUGCCUUAGAGGAGACACGAUUAAAAUUCACCUGGGAAUCUGUGCCUCUUGCCUUCCGUAUAGUCAUCAUUAAAUAAUGGCUUCGAUUUUUACUUUCUUGUAGUUUUUGUUUAUAGUUUAAUUCUCGUAACUAGAUACACGUAAAGGAAAAAGCAGGAUUAUCCUUAUCACCUUUUAUUUAAACUUGCUUGGAUGCAUCCUGAAGAAAAAUAGAAACCUUAAAGGAAGUUUGUCCUUUCUUUUUAUGGAUGAGAAAAAGAAGUACGUUUCAAGAAGUAAUAAGCAAAAAAGUUGUUAACACUUUAAUAAAAAAAAAAAUUCUAUCUGUUCCUGAAUUGAAGUUGGUGGGUGAGACUCUGUAUAGUGAAAUGAUAUGCAUUUGACUGAUCCAUCAUUAAACGUUUUGAAGUUUCAUUUCCUUACGUGAGUCAUCACUUUUACUAGGAAGCAUUUAGCAUGCUGAAGUACAGUGACUUUGCACUGAUGUUGUCCAACCUAGAUUGCAUACAAAUGGAGAUCAGUUUCACUUGCUAAAUGUCAGUGAGAUGGUUACUUUUUGUGAUUAAUAAUAUUGGAACCAAAAAAUGAUAUCCAAAAAGCAUAAAACAGUAUAUAUGUACCAACUCUCUAUACUGUCUAGUGUGUUUUUUUUUAAUUACUAAAACACCUAAGUUUUCCAUUUUUAAAUUCCACCAAGAGGUGAAAAAUAAAAUCAAAUGUUAUAUUUUACAGUUAUUCUUUCAGACUAUGGUUUACUUUGUCCAAUUUAUGACAUUUGAAUUGUUUUCAUUUCUUUUUUAAUUACUAAGUAAAUUUUUAGAUAUUUAUAUGUCCAACUUCCUAAAAGCGUUUCAUUUUUAUUAUAAUCAAAGAAGAUGGUUUCAGACCAGAGUAAACUUCUGAAAAUUUCUAGAACAGAAUUUGAAUGGGAUCAAGUAUCUACUAGUGAAAAUCUGUGGGGUCCUUUAUCCAGCUAAAAAUUAGAUAUUUCCGGAUGAUUUGAUAGAACAGAAGUUGCCAUGAAGAUUCAGUGAUACAAAUCUGUCUCAACAUGGAAUCAUUACAAGACUGAUAGGUUGAACCAUACAAGUAGAUUGGUCUUAUUUUCUGUCUCUUUGGAGAAAGAAUACAAAUUAAUGUUAAAACUAAAAUGGAAAUGCGGCAAGUAAAACACUAAUUUUUUAGUGCCAUUCAAAAUGAGUUGAAAUAUUACAAAUCUUUAAAAUUCAAGCACUUAAAUGCUGGCCAAAUAUGUUAUCACUGAAUUUAGAAAGCAGUAAGUGAAACAAACAUUGACAUACUCUCCCUUUUUAAAAUUGCUCUAUUUCCUUAGCAUAUCGGUGCCAAAAUCAAAUACCCAUGGGCUACAUUUCCUAACAUAAUAAUAGUUCCAAAUAUUUUAAUUCAUUAUGAUUAAUAGUAUCAUGAAUAAGAUUCUAUUAAAAUGUUCUCCAGUACCCAUGACCCUCUUACAUAAGCCAGAUUUUGGCCAUAGAGCUGAAGUAUAAUGUGCUUGCCUUACAUUAUAGGGCUUCUUGAGUCAGAUAGUCUGAAAGCAAAGGAAUUAAAACUAAAACACCUGGUAAAUAUUAAUUUACUAUGUUAAGUGAAUUUAUGAAUUGAUAUACUAAAUCAUGUUUAUAAAUCUCCCUCGAGACACUCUUCUCUAUUUUGUGGUUUCUUGAAAAAUAAUCUCUAGGUUUAAACAAUUAAAGCCUCCAAACUCCAGCACUAGAUGUUGUAAAGAUGAAAUAGUGAGAAAAAAUUAAUUUCAAAGUGACUAUGGAUUGUGGGGUUUGAUAACUUAGCUGGUGUUCUCAGAAAGAAAACUGGAGAGGUGAGAGGUCUUGCUCACUUUUGCACAUGUGCCUGACCACUCACAGCUUUCCUUGCAGCACUGGCUUUGUUACAGCUGCACGAAGCAUUCACUUAACUGACUGGACAAAAAUGCUUCAGUAUUUCUGUACAUUCAUAUAUCUGCUCACAAAAUACAACACACUGCUUUGAUACUUGGUUUUUCAACUGAGAUUGUGGAGGAUGUUUGCCCCCAGUUUGCUUACUCGAUCUUCUGGAACACAAAAGACUACUCUGCCAGUUCUUGAAAAGAUAGCCAGAUGUGAAUUAAUUAUUUUCAAUAAUAUAUAAGCAAAUAAAACCCCCUUGGUAACAAUUCACAUUGCACUAGAAUUUAAGUGAUACUUAACUUUGGCAUUUCUGCUUUCUCUUCUCUUUCAAUUUCAAUAUAUUUGUCUCUUCUCCCUCUCCCUUUCCCCCUCUUAUGUAAACUGGAUAUACAAUAUCUUUCUCUUGAGUCAUUAAGUAUCACUGAUAUGCUACCAAGUUGUAUAAUAGAGUAACAAAAACUUGUGAUCUGACAAUGAAUCUUAAACAAUUACCUCAGCUAGAAGAGGUGUUUUGUCUGUAUGUGUGUUUUUUUUUUAAGUUGUUUUUGUCUCACUGGUAUUUUAAAUGUUUUCAGUAAAUGUGUAAUACAAAAAGUUUCAAUAAAUUGUUGAAGUAAAA